GAUAGGAUUCUCGUUUUUGUUCAAGCGAAACUAUGGGAAGAAAGCUCUGGUUUUUAUAUGAAUCAAUGCUACACAAAUGACUUCGAAGCAUUCAAGCGAAGUUUGUCUAAUCGAUGCAGGCGUUACUUCUAUUUCAAAACUUAACCUAGAUCCUUCGUUGUUGUCAUUGAAUGUACAUUGUAAUUUGUUAAAAGACAUCGAUGGUUUAGACGCUUUGGGGAAAUUGAAGCAUUUGGAUUUAUCCUCGAACUCCAUUGAAGUGAUUUCGGGCCUAGAUAACCUUGUAUGUCUUAAGUAUUUGAAUUUGUCGUGCAACGCCAUCACCACAACAAAAGGACUUGAAAAUCUAAGGCAACUCGUGAAACUAGAUCUUUCGUACAACACAAUCAACAGCCUUUUGGGUCUAAAGUCGUUAGCUUCAACAGGCUCAUCAUUAUCUACACUCUAUCUCCAAGGAAACGACAUCAGAUCCAUUGAUCACAUCAUCAACUGUCUGAGUGAAUUUAUCCAACUUAAAGAGAUUGUUUUUUCUCAAAAUGAAGAUACCAAUCCUGUUUGUAAACACCCAAAGUACAGAUCCCUAGUACUGUCAAUGCUACAUGAUAUUCAAGUUUUGGAUGGUAUGGAUCGAUUAGGGAAACCUGUGGAUAGUGAAAAUCUAUCGGAUAAUCUUGGCUUAACAGAUGUUGAUGAUUACAUAAACUAUCUCAUAAAGUCAUCCUCCAAUGUUUCAACAAAGGCGGAGCAUGGUGGAUCCUCGACCGAUGUGACCAGUACGCCAAGAAUCGACGAAAUGCUGUCGAAAUUCAAACGUCAGCAAAUGGAAGCACCCAUGACGUCACGCGAAGAUGACCAUGAUUUCCAAUCGACGGGUUCCCGUAAGAUUGCUUCGUCAGUAGAUCAUGAAGUACGAUUAGAAAGACUCGAACAUCAGCUGGCUCACGUUCUCUAUAAACCUGUAAAGGAUGUCCGUUCCAGUCCGUCAUCAGAAAAAACUGAAAAAGCAAACUGCAAACUUAAACACACGCGACAAAAAUCCUCAGAUUCAGACACAGUGACGACGGACAGUCCUGUAAAAGAAGAACUCAAGCAGUAUCCAAAAUAUAUCAAACGAAAUGUAUCAUCUUCUAAGCGAGGAAGAACACACCAGACCCCGAGCACGAAAAAACAAACUUCUACGAAGAAAAUGGCCAAGGACGGUAAAGGCAAAACUAAAGACAGUUUCAAAACAAUUGAGAAUUCAUCGACAACCAAUGAAAAUGAAAAGAUUGUGAAGUUUAGUGGAAAUAAUGAGCAAAUGAUGGCACAAGGCUCGCGUUAUGUACGACAUCACGAAGAUGAUGCUACAUUUUGCCAAAUCACUUUGAGAAGAAGUCAGUCGGGCAAAGCUGAAUAUAUAAAACACCCCUCAAUUAACUUUUCACUGAUCCAAGAACUUGACAUGGAGCGUGAACGCAGAUGGAAGGCGGAACAGGCAGCGUUAAAGUUAGUUGAUCACGUGAAAGAGUUACAAAUUAAGGUAAACGACGAGAAAAAGCUUGAAGACGCUGCUUUGACAGCGAGUACCAAACUGAAGGAUAUUUUAUCAAAGGAAAGACUUGAAAAGAUAAAGUUGACGAAAGAAUUGAACGUUUUACGAGCAAAUCACUAUGACUUAGUGGAACAGUUUAAGAAUUGUCGUGAGACCGAAGAAGAACAGAAAGCACUCAGAGCGAUGGAGGCUGCUACGACUAAACUUGAAACUGAAAGAAUACAGCAACAUGCUCACGAGGUUUCCAAAGUCCAAGAGCAACAAAUGAGAGCCACAGCCCUAGCAAGGGAACUUGAACUGAGGAAAGCAACAAACAAACAACUUAAAGGACAGGUUCAACAGCUUCAGGAACUCCUCGCAACACGAGAACAACAACACAAGGUUCAAAUGGACGGUUUGGUUAGUAUUGACGGUCGUGAUGUUAGAGAAAUAAUCAAUAAAGAACUAGCAAAGCAAGAAAUAAGAUUUGAACAAGUCACAAAGCAAUGGGAGGAAAGAUUAACACAGAAGACGAACGAUUAUUACAGUUUAGAAGAUGAGUUCCGUAUGGCCUUGCAGAUUGAAUCUAAACGAUUUCAAGAGCUUCAAGACGAAUUCACUAAAAUAAGCGAGGAAUGUUUGCAAUAUAAACGACUGUCGCAAACCAUGAAAGAUAAAGAAACGAAAGCGACCGGAAUGGUAUCCGAACUGACUGCGCUGGUCAAAGAACAAAAGAUUCGAAUAACAGAACUGACAAAGUCAAAGCAAGAAGCACUGCUUCAACAGAAGGAAAGAAUUGACUCGCUUGAAGAAGAAACAAAAAUUGCCCGUAAGAGAAUUUCGAGAAUUGAAGUUUUGGAACAAGAUAAAUCAAAGUUAUCUUCACAAGUUCGUGCGCAGGAAUCUGUCAUUCAAGGUCUUAGAAUGGAACGGAAAUUAUGGAGCGAAGAAUUGGCCCAACAAGGGGCCUCUCUUGCUCAGGACCGUGGGAGAUUAGAGUCUAGACUGGAAGCUCUGACCGCUGAAAGGAAGCAACUUCUAGAACAAAUUGAGGAUGCAAACGAUUCCAUUCGGAUAAAAUCUAAAAUGCUCGAAGAUCAAACAGAGUCCAUCAGACAAUUAAAACUGAGUUUGAAUGAACGUCGAAAUGAGCACGAAAGGUCUUUGGAAGAUGAGAGAGUAAAAGUUCAAGACUUUGAGGAAAGAUUAGAAAGACAAAUGUGUGUUACUCAAGAACUCGAGGAAAAAAACGAAAGCCUUUUGCAAAGGAAGGAAGAACUUAAAGACGAGCUCUCGUCACUGCAUACGGACCUGGAGAAAUCAAAUGAAACCAAUAGAACUUUAAAAAGCAAGUGGCAACAACGAAGUGAUUUGAUUGCUCGUCUGGAACAAGAGGUCAAAGAAAUGCGUAGUCAGUUUGACACGAAAGAAAGGAAUCUUGUGGAGGAAAGGGACAAAGCCAUUAAGGGGGGAAACUUGGCAAUCGAAAAACUACGAUCAUGUGACGACGCGUUUCGUAAGCAACUGGAGAAACAAAAAGAGGUUUAUGAGCGCGAAUUAGAUCGCCUAUCUAAGGAGAAGGAAGAAAUUACUGAACAUUCAAACUUGAAGGUCUCCGAAGUAGAAGAUGAGAUGAGACAGAUUCUACAGGAAGCUGCAGCAAAUAAAAAAUCACUGGAAAUGAGGAUUAGAAAAUUAACGAACGCCUUUAACGAAAUUCAAGCGGAUCUUACGUCGUGAUCAUGUGAUCUGUGAUUUGAUUUUACAUGAAAGGAUAACUGAAUGUAGGUAUAUAGGGUCUUUAGGGAUUCAUACAGCUGUGUAGCUACAUAGAGAUAUUUGACUGCAUCUUCCAUAUUGUCCAACUUUAUCCUGCAUUGUCAAACAUCACCCGGUUAUUUCCAACUUUAUCCUACAUUCUCCAACAUCACCCGGUUAUUUCCAACUUUAUCCUACAUUGUCCAACAUCACCCGGUUAUUUCCAACUUCAUCCCACAUUUUCCUACAUCACCCUGUAAUGUCCAACUUUAUCCCACAUUGUCCAACAUCACCCAGUUAUGUCCAACUUUAUCCCAUACUAUCCAACAUCACCCGGUUAUUUCCAACUCUAUCCCACAUUGUCCAACAUCACCCAGUUAUGUCCAACUUUAUCCCACCUUGUCCAAAAUCACCCGGUUAUUUCCAACUUCAUCCCACAUUUUCCUACAUGACCCUGUAAUGUCCAACUUUAUCCCACAUUGUCCAACAUCACCCAGUUAUGUCAAAACUUAUCCCACAAUGUCCAACAUCACCCAGUUUUGCCCAACUUUAUCCCACAUUGUCCAAAAUCAUGCAAAAUUAUUUUCAGGAAUCUAAACAACAGUUGGGAGACAAUUUUAUGCCCUCGCUAGACGUAUAAGUUUGUCUUUACGAUUACACCUACUUAGGUGAUUUGCUUAUAAUCUGAAGAAGU